AUGGAUUCUUUGGGUUUGCUUGAAGAAUCCUAUGGAUAUUUAAGAAGUUUGAACGAAUGUGAUUCCGAACUCCAUUCAUCCCUCGAUAAAUUAUUUAAAAACCUCAUUUUCCUUAAAAACAAAUAUAAAAUCAAUUUUGACUUGGAAUCCUUUUCAAGAAUUUCCCAUGAUGAUCCUAAGGUUUUAAAUUUCGAUAAUGAUUUUGCCCGAAUUUCCGAAUCCGGUUCAAACAUCAAGCAAAAAAUAAAGAAAGCUUUAAAUUUGUCAUUGUUAUACCUGAUUAAAAGGCUCCAGGAUGAAAAACACCUGGAGAUAUGCUUGGAUAUCCUAGUUGAUUUGCUAGAUUCUGAAUAUCAUCUGGCAGUCGAGGUCAAAGGAAUCAAAGUUCUUGAGUUUUUGGAGCUAAUGUUGUUAAUUUUAUUCUUUGGAAACAUCUAUAAUCUGGGAAUAGUUCAGCAUUUUUUACUGAACAGCAAAUAUGUAACAUAUCUUCCAUACCAUCUAUUAAACAUUCUCAAAAAUUUUGAAACAGCCAAACUUUUUAACAAAUACCUUAAUGGCAGCUGUUCAAUAGAUUCGAAUCUGUUUAACGAGAGGUUUUUAAUAUUCCUCACCAAGAUGAACUCACCUGAUAAGCUUUCAAGUACUGGUAACACACAGGAAAAGAUUCUCAAAAUUCCAAAGAAAGACUUGGCUCUCAAGAACUUUGAUUCUGAUAUCCAGAGUACUGCCCAAAGUAAACACGAUUCCUUGGAUACCGACAGUGAUUUAUCUGAUGAUGAAGAUGAAAAUUCUUCGGACGACGAAGUGAAUAACGAAUUAUACGGAAAUAACUAUGUAAAACUAUGGGAAUAUAUACUAGACGAUUUCAUUCGCUCAGUGGAUAACAAGAGUUUGGUUAUAAUUUUGGAAUCCUUACCCAAAUUUGCAUUCCCUUAUAUAAACAACCCCCUUCGUAUAGCAAAUUUCUUGUACAAUAACUUAAACAGCGACAGUGAGGACGUUGUUAUUAAUUCUCUAAAUUGCUUAUUUGAGCUUAUUUUAUACUAUAACCUAACAGAUCAACUCAUUCAAAUUCCAACCACUAAUAGCAUUACAGAUAGUAAUUGUGUAAACACGGAUUCGGUUUCAUCUCCUACUAAAUCUGGGAACGAAGAGUUUGAUUGGUUUUACAACAAAUUAUAUGAUUUGAUCGAUUUCAAAUAUCUCUCAGCGAGUUCAGGCACCAUACUCAUACUAUUGAUUGAAAAGGCAUUAAACAGCUCCAUGCUGCCAAACACUUUAGUAUCAUUUUUCAUUAAGAAGUUAUUAAAAACAUCAACGGUUCUGGAAACUAAUAAGUGCAAUUGCCUUAUAAUCAUUUCCCUUAAUUUAUUCCAGAGGUACAGACAAAACCUAUUGUUCAUGAUUCAUUCUCCUAGUACUACCAUACCUACUUCACCCAACCCGUUUGGUCCCACCUCUUCCACCACUUCAAGUAGUUCUGAUGAUAAAGUUUCAAACUGUGAAACCGCUGUGAAUUUAGCCACCAAAGAUAAUGUAAACAGCACUAAUAUCAAUCAAACUAGCAACAAUGAGUUAUUUCUGCAUGAGUUGUAUCUGCUGUUAAAACACUUCAACCAUGACACAGCCAAAAUUGUCGGGGUAUUUUUCACAGACUUGAGCUCCAAAAUAGGCUUCAACGUUAAAGAUUUUAUACAAUCGCCAGCAAGUAAACCUUAUAAGAGUAAAAACACAAAUAACAACCCAUUCAGGACAGUUUUGCAGAACACAACAAAACUCACCAAUCAAUUUUUUAAAUAA